CUCCGUUUUCAAUAUUUUCUCAAAUCUCAAAUUUCCAUAUUUAGUGAACGAAGAAAGAAAGAUCAAUCAAAAUGGGUGCUCUGAAUCAUAUCUCUGAAAUCUUUGAUUUCUCUCACAGGAGUAGUAAUAGCAAGAAGCUCAAGAAGAACAAGCAAUUGCAGACGGUGGAGAUAAAGGUGAGGAUAGACUGUGAAGGGUGUGAGAGGAGAGUGAAGAAAUCAGUGGAAAGGAUGAAAGGAGUGACGCAAGUGGAUGUGGAUCCCAAGAAGAACAAGCUAACGGUGAUUGGGUACGUGGAUCCAAAGAAGGUAUUGCAUCGGGCAUAGCAUCAAACGGGAAAG